AUACUCAUGGAGCGUCAAUGGGCACAGCUGUAGUCGUUCAAGACAUUUCGUUGCAAGAGGCAUGGUUGCCUCAUCCAUGCAUUUUGCCUGUUAUUUGGAAACUGCGCCGCUCCUUGCCGUCGAAGUCACAAACUGACACACGCCAACGUAUCGAUAUCCUACGGCACAUAAAAUCACUGUGAGACUGCACAUUGCCCUGUGGAGUCUGGGACGACGUAGCACAUCGCCGCCAAAACGACAUACACCUGGGCGUACCCUAAAUCGACCCUAAGAGUCAACUGCCCAAAGAGGUUUAGUCUCGCUUACAGCCACCCCAAUUGGAAGAGGACAAUGCGACAACAUGUGCUGCACCAAUGCUGAGGACAAGACAAUUCACGACUACAACCCACACGACAAUCGAUCCACCGCGCAUUAAUUCCAAGUCACCACAGCUGAAGUGAACUCUGAGCUCCAAACGAUUGCAUCCGGCCCGAGUCUGCACAAGAGAGACAGGGCAACAUGGCGUCAAACAUCUUUGGCACGCUCAACCGGUUCAUCUCCCGACUGGACUCUGAUCCGAACGUCCUCAAAUCACAGCCUGGCAACCUCAGUCAGCAACAACAGCAGCAGCAACAACAACAGCAGACCAACCCAGGCUCGGGAUUCCAGAUCCUCCGCAACACAAACCCGUCGCUGCCCCUCGAGCCGUGGUUUGACUUCAUCAUCGGCAUCAACGGCCACAACAUCGAGUCUCCAGAUGCGGGGCUGUUCCUCACCGAACUCCGGAAUUGUGCGCCGGGCACCACCAUCUCCCUCGGGGUAUACGGCGCAAAAGGCCGUCGGAUCCGGGAGGCCUACGUGACCGUCCCCGAACGCGACGUCAACAUCGGCUUGUCGCUGCAAUGGACCCCUCUCGCCCUGAUCGACGACUGCUGCUGGCACAUCUUGGACGUGAUGCCCAACUCCCCCGCCGACGUCGCCGGACUCCUGCCCUACUCGGACUACGUCGUGGGCUCCCCCGACGCCAUCGACCUGCGAGGCGGCGACAGCGCCCUCGGCGAGCUGAUCGCACAGUUCGUGGACCGCGCGCUCCGGCUCUUCGUCUACAACCACGAGUACGACGUCCUCCGCACCCCGUCGCAGGCGCCGGGCGAGACCCUCUUCGACUCGACAUCUGCCCCCGCCGCAGGAGGCCAACCGCCAGAAUAUCUCUCAACCGUAGCAGCAGCAGUCAGCGACCCAGCCGACCUCCUCGUCCCCGCCAAUCUGCAAUUCACAUCCCCCGCAUCGCCUGCCUCCGGGGGACUGGCCUCGCCGCCGCCCCCGUCGGGCGCCGGCAGCAAGGCGCGCAAAGCUCGCCCCGCGGCGGCGGUGGGCCUCGACGAUUACUUCGCCGAGGGCGAGCAGAAGAGCCGCGAGCUCGACAAUGCGCCCAAGGCCGCGGCCGGCGGUGUGCCCCCGCCGCCCAAAGCUGGAGCUGGGCCGCCGCCGCCGAGGGCUGCCGCGUCUGCUGCCGCCGCGAAGGAAGCGGCCGAGUGA